GCCGGGGUUCUCCCACUUGCAACUGGGAAUUGGGUGCUUCUUCCACCUUUUGUGGAUGGGGGUGUGUGUGUGUGUCUCCCUUUUGUUUUGUGCUAGGUGUUGUUACUGCAGGAGGCAGCUUAGAUCUGUUCCUUGUGCCUCGUUCUCCCCCCCCCCCCCCGGACCCUUUUCUUGCCAUCUUUCCUAAAAUCAGACGUGAUUUCUUAAAGAAAAGGCUCUUUGCACCACUCUGCAAAGGGCGGAAGAGUCUGUUAAGACGUUACUAAAUUGUUUAACAACUUGGCCAUCUGAAUAAGUUACAUGCCUCUCGGUGUGUAGCCGACCCUGGCUAUGCUCUGUAGUUCAUUUCCUUAUUCUGGGUACGGAAACUUUUCCCAUAGCUGGGAGCCCAGCCGGUUUGUGAAAGAUGCUCUUGGUUGAAAAACAAAACUCUGCACUUAAAAUAAACGCCUUUCCUUAUGUUGACUACCAACAACGCCUUCGACUAUUGGAAGAGCCUGGACGGUGACCAAGCAAUUCUCCAGAGGAUAAGGAAAUAUGUGAAAGCCAUUCAUGUCUCCGGACUCACGCACGUUGAGAACGAGGAGCAGUACAGUGAAUCUCUGGAGAACUUCGGCAACAACCACCUGUCCCAGAACAAUCACGAGCUUUCCACCGGCUUCCUGAACCUGGCGGUCUUCACCAGAGAAGUGACUGCGCUCUUCAAGAACCUGGUGCAGAAUCUGAACAACAUUGUCUCCUUCCCCAUGGAGAGCCUGCUGAAGGGGCAGCUGAAAGAUGGCCGGCUGGAUUACAAGAAGCAGAUUGAGAAGGCCUGGAAGGAUUAUGAGACCAAAGUAGCAAAGAUCGAAAAGGAGAAGGAGCGAGCCCGGAUAGCGGGUGUCAUCCAGGUGGAGCCAUCGCCAGCGGAAAUCGCUGAGGAGACACAGAAGGAGCGCCGGAUGUUCCAGCUUCAGAUGUGCGAGUACCUGCUGAAAGCUAAUGAGAGCCAGACGAAGCAAGGUCCAGACUUCCUGCAGAGCCUGAUCAAGUUUUUCCAUGCGCAACAUAAUUUCUUCCAAGAUGGCUGGAAGGCUGCCCAGAAUCUCUACCCUUUCAUUGAGAAGCUCGCCACAUCUUUACAUGCACUGCACCAGGCCCAGGAGGAGGAGGUGAAGGAGCUCACUCAGAUCCGUGACUCCCUCCGAGGCAUCCUGCAGCUGGAGAACAAAGAGGAAAACCUUCUCAGGAAGAACUCUGGCAGUGGCUACAGCAUCCACCAGCACCAAGGGAACAAGCAGUACGGGACAGAGAAGUCGGGCUUUCUGUGCAAGAAAAGCGAUGGAAUCCGGAAAGUGUGGCAAAAGAGGAAGUGUGGCGUGAAGUAUGGCUGCCUCACCAUCUCGCACAGCACGAUCAACCGGCCUCCCGUGAAGCUGAACCUGCUGACCUGCCAAGUGAGACCUCACCCGGAGGAAAAGAAGUGCUUUGACCUUGUGACGCAUAACAGGACAUACCACUUCCAGGCUGAGGAUGAACAGGAGUGUGUUGUCUGGGUGUCCGUGCUCCAGAACAGCAAGGAUGAAGCUCUCAGCAACGCCUUCAAGGGUGACCCAAGCGGCUGUGCGACCUCCGCUGGCGGGGUGACGGACGCUGGCCUGCAGGAGCUCGCCAAGCUGGUCAUUGGUGAGGUGAAGGGCAUGCCAGGCAACAAGCAGUGCUGUGACUGCGGGGCCCCAGAUCCCACGUGGCUUUCCAUCAACCUGGGCAUCCUGACGUGCAUUGAGUGCUCGGGCAUUCACCGGGAGCUGGGGGUGCACUACUCCCGCAUACAGUCCCUCACCCUGGAUGUUCUCAGCACCUCUGAAUUGCUGCUGGCGGUCAGUAUUGGAAAUGCACGGUUUAACGAAAUCAUGGAGGCCACGCUGCCGGCGCAGGGGAAUCUGAAGCCAUCGUCAAGCAGUGAUAUGAGCGCCAGGAAAGAAUAUAUUGUGGCCAAAUACAUGGAGCGCAAGUAUGUCCAGAAAGCCGGCAGGGAUGAGCCACACCGGCUCUGGGAAGCCAUUCGGAACCGGAAUCUCUUUGCCUUGUUACAAGCCUUUGCGGAGGGGCAUGAUCUAGCAAAACCCCUGGCUAGCCCUGACAGCCAGGACCAGGGUGAGUUAGCUCUGCACCUGGCCGUGCGUUAUGCAGACAAGUCCUCCCUCCCGCUGGUGGACUUCAUCAUUCAGAAUGGGGGCAACCUGGACAAGGUGACUCACGAUGGGAACACAGCUCUGCACUACAGCGCUCAGUACAACCAGCUCAACUGUCUCAAGCUGCUGCUGAAAGGGAAAGCGGCCACAAACACAGUGAAUGCAGCAAGCGAGACGGCCCUGGAUGUGGCAAGGAGGCACAAACACGCUGAGUGCGAAGAACUGCUUGAGCAGGCACAGGCCGGGAAGCUAAACCUGCAGGUGCACUUGGAGUACGACUGGGAGGCCUCUCAGGAAUACACCUACGACAGCGAGGAGGAGCUGGAGGAGAAGCUGAGCCCACUGCAACGAUCCUUCAAGUCCACAUCGUCCCCAACCACGGGCCAACCCGCCCUCUUCCCCCAGAACCGGUGGAGCUGCACUGGCAUGGACAUCAGCAACAAGACCUACGAGACCAUCCUGGUCCCCUCGCGGCCCAUCCAGCGGCGGUCACACAGCGAGGAGAUCCCCCCGCCGCUGCCCAUCAAAAACCCGACCAGAGGGGGCUCCAGAACCAAACCGGGGCAGAGCCCAGCAGAUUGCCCAGAGCUCCCGCGUCAGGCCUCCGAGCCCCAGUCCUCUGUGUCGUCAGAGGCACCUGCCCGCCGACACCUGUCCACAUCCAGCGCUCCCAGCACCUUGGACGGCUGUGCUUCCCUGCUGCCGUCCACCUCCCGAAGCCCCCCGGAAGCCAGACGCACGGUCUACUGGGAAACCCGCUCGGAGACGGAGAGCAGCAGCCAGCGGAGGACGUCUGAGACCAGUCAGACAACAGCGCAGCAGCCUGCCGCUGGGACGUCGCCGGAACAGGGGCAAAUAACCCCAGUCAAGUUCAGCUCAGAAAGCACCCGGUCUUACCGGCGGAUCAGCGGUGGCUCGGUGGGGAAAUCCUCCGGCUUGGCCAUCUCCCUGCAAAGCUCUGGCUGCCCCGAGGACCCACCUUCCAGCAAGGCUCCGAGUUCAGUGCAGAACGCUCCCCCGGUACCCGUGCCCCGGAGGUUUGCUCCGGCCAAGGUGAGGCAGAAGAGGGUGAUGGCUCUGGUGGACUGCAAGGGGGAGAGGGCCCGGGAGCUGACCUUCUCCAAGGGCGAGGUGAUCGUGGUGACCCGGGAGGAGGAUGAGCAGAGCUGGGUCGGCUUCAUUGAAGGAGAUGGCUCCAGGACGGGCGUCUUCCCUGCCAGCUCCGUCCACCUCUUGCAAGAGUGACUGGCUGGUUUUUCCUUUCCCCUCGGAGCCGGCACGAGCUCUCGGCGAGCGUGUGGGGGGCAGGGCUGAACACUCACUUUCCCCCGCUCCCCCACCAAGGUGUCAGGACUUUGCGCUCAAGCAACUCCACAAGGGCAUCACAGGAGCACAGGCCAGUUUCUUGCUUCCCUUCCCGCCCCUGAGUCUGGACCUUGAUGGUAAUGGACACUAGGGCACGUACUGUGUUGAGGGUCUGAGGCAGACGCUUGGGUGGAAUCAACAUUCUCCCACCACGUGCUGGUCUAUUUAGCCUCUUUACCUAAACUAGUUCCUUUUCCUGGAUGGAGAGGCGGCUGGGCAUCCCACCCACCCAUCGCACCAGGACCAGUGUCUGUCUCUACACCCCCGGCCUGGCCAGCUCACCCUAGCCUUGCAGCUCGCUGGAUGAACUGGACAACGGGAUCCAUCAUCUUCGCUGCUUCAGUCAGGGGGAAGCUGAUCAAUGGGGAAGACUUGAGGAUCUGGUGGAACUUGCAACUUCCUCUGCGGAGUCGGGGACGGGGAGGGGCUGAGGAGCCGAUAGGGAUGGCGGCUUGCUAGGAAAUGGACAGAGAACGGACAACCUUGCUACACCCCCUCUGCACGCCCCGGCUUCAGCCAUUUGUCUGCUCUGUAGCUUUUGUGGGCUUUGAGGGGUCGUCUCCCCCUCGGGGCGGGAUAGGGUUAUGGCUGGCUGGGAAAGGGAGUUCAGUUCAGAGCCUGGAUGCCUCUCAUCACAUUCCUGUGGGAUAAAAGUGGGAGCCGGGAGCUCUAGUACUCAAUAUUGGGAGGGGCAGGGGCGAGGGGAAGCUCCACUGGGCUCAAAUGUCUGUAUUGAAGGAAAGAAAGGGGGAGGCAGAUCCCAAACUUUGUGUUCUUCUUCCCACCCUGUGAAUCAGGACAGGAGAAGGCCAUCAACCUCUUGUGGGUGACUAGCGACAGUCUCCACGUGGCCAUGCAAGGUGCACUGCUCUCCCUCUUAUUUCCUAGGGAUACCGGACUCUGUGGAGCAUGGAAUGGCAGGACAUGGCCCAUCAACUCCUGAUAUCUGGCCUCGUGCCCCAACCAAUGCUGGGCAUCUCUCCUGGCCUCCCCCCACAAUGCCCCCAGCCAACAAGCAGUGCUGGGAAAGGGGGGAUUACCUUGCACCUAGGAGACAUACUGGAGUCUUUCUCUGCCUAAUUCUGGCAAAACUGGCCCAGGCCGAUAAAGGCUGAUAAGAGGGGGAUAAAAAGCAAGUCUCCUAGUGCUGCAUGAGUUAUCCUAGAAAUUAGAAAUGGGGAAGCCAGAUUAAGCCAUCCAGACUGUUCUCUCCCCCGCCAGGGGGGUGCGCUAUUACAGGGGGGUUCACUACAGCGGAUCCUCCGGUGUUUCCAUUGAUUCAAGUGCUGCUCUUUCCCUUGGGCUGCUCUUUGAUGUCAGAGAGUUGUCUUCGGACACUGCCUAAAUUCCCCCUUUGUGCAACUUCAUCCAGUUGUCUCCUGCCUCUUCCUCCGGAAACCACACCUCUCUGCCCCUAGCGUUGGCACAGGGCUGGUUGAAUACCCCUGUUAUGCCUCGGGGCAUUCAUCGUCCCUGCUCUUUAAUAACAACAACGAACGCCUAACGCUUUUCAUCAGUCGGUCUCAAAGCACUGCACAGAGGAGGUGAGGAGCAUCAUCCCUGUUUUACAGAUGGGGAAACAGACACACAGCAGGGGUGGUGAUUUACCCAUGGUCAUCCAGCAGCAAAUUCUGUUCAUGUGUUUCCCAGACUGCUCUGAACCCUCAGGUUCCUCUUAUUUAAAAAUAAUUGAGACAGUUGCUUUUUGGCCUGUCAUUCUGAAUCUCUCUGUUUCCCCACCUGCAUAAUUUGCAGGUACCAUUUAGGGCUGCCUUAGCUCAGCACAAAACUAGCACGAUACCAUUGACUUCAAUGGGGCUGCUUCCAUGCCUGAAGUGAUUUUUUUAAUAGCAUUUAAGCCCAGAAAGGACCCUUAGAUCAUCUACUCUGAGCUCCUGUGUAUCCCAGACUGUCGGUUUUCACCCAGCUACUCCUGUGUUGAGCCCAAAAACUUGAGUUAAACUAAAGCAUUUCAGUUCUCAGGCACCUAAACUGAUAUAUGCGGUGGGGAGAGAACAGAUGGGACCAAAGUGCCCCAAUGCCUGUGGUGCCCUGCAACGACAGGGCAUUGGCUAGGUGGGAGAAGUGCUUUAUGUCUUGGUAGGAUCGAGGUCCAGAUCAUCUGCUUGAGAAAAUGUAGCCCUUGAUGGUCUUAAAGGGGUUAGAAAUGGUUCCCUUUUGCAAGUCAAGUGAAGGGGAUCGGUAGUGCAGAGGGCUCAUUCUGGGUCUGACCUGAUCCACAGACCAAUUUACACCAAGGGUUAAAUCCCUGCAGCCCAAAGGUUUACAUCUCCCCCCCCCCCAAAAAAAACA